AUGCCUUUUCAGAGGGCUCAAGGAAGGAACUUCACACCGAGGGGUAGAAACUUUAACCAUGGAGGUUUUAUUCCACAGCAUAAUCAGGGUCAAAGCAACUUCAGAAGUGUAGGAUUGGGAGUGUGUUUCUUUUGUGGACAACCCGGGCACUUGGCCUGGAAUUGUCCAGAGAAUAAGAAGUAUGAGACUGGUAGAGUACAGCAGCCAGGGAAAGUGUUCACCACUUCUGUAGUAGGUGCCGAGAGAUCCAAGACCUUGAUCAGAGGUAACUGUGAAGUAGCUGGUAAACUUUUAAGUGCUUUAUUUGAUUCUGGAGUGACACAUUCAUUCAUAGCAUUUGAAAAGGCUAAUGAGUUAGGAUUAAAAAUGGUAGUAUUGGGUUAUGAUUUAAAGGUGCAUAAUGCCACUUCUAAAGCCGUUGUGACAUUAUGA